UUCCCUUCCGCUCCAAACUCGGAAGUUUUUAACCGCCUCGUACUCGUUUGAAAGAAAAAGCAGCGAUCUGAUUCUCUGAUAUUAGUGCCGACACUUGCCUCCACUCUCAGAUUAUCAGAAUGAGUUUGAAUUCAUUUCGCUCCUCCUUAGCCCCUAAUUCCAAACGAGUAUCUUCUAAUCGAUCCAAUGAUAACAGUUGUAACAGUAACAACAGCAAGAGGAAGAAGCAGAAGACCAUCACAACCGCCAACCAGAAAACCUUAGGCGUCGCCUGGGGAUCCAAUUCCCCCAAACCUCCUUCCUCCGAUUUCGGAAGUUAUAUGACAGAGAAGAAUCGGAAACUACACAAUCAGUUUAACGCCGAUGCUUCCACGUCUUUGUUUAGUGACUCUACCUCCGGGAAGCCUAUAUUCGCCGGAGUUUCAAUUUUUGUUGAUGGUUUCACCGUUCCUUCCAGCCAGGAACUGCGAAGCUUCAUGUUAAAAUAUGGUGGAAGAUUUGAGAAUUAUUUCUCAAGGCAUCGUGUAACACAUAUCAUCUGCAGCAAUCUUCCCGACAGUAAAAUUAAGAACCUCAGAUCUUUCAGUGCAGGGCUUCCGGUAGUAAAACCUACUUGGAUUUUAGAUUCUGUUGCAUCUAAUAAACUCUUGACAUGGAUGCCUUAUCAACUUGAACAGCUUUCUUCAAAUAAACAACCAAAACUGUCCACAUUUUUCUCAUCGAGGAGUAGCAAAAAUUCAGAGGAUACUUUUACUAACACCCUUUGUCAAGUAGAGCCAUACAUUGAAGAUUCACUUGCUAGUCUUGGCAAAUCAGAGGAUGUAAAUUCACCCAAAGUUGGGGAGAUGGUUGAAUCUAGCAGGGAAACCAGUAUUGAAGCUGAUGAUACUGUUUUGGAGAAUACUGAUGCAAUUGUGAUGGAAGAGCAGCUGGCUAGUGUUGGAGUUAAAUGUGACGACGAAGAUCCAGCAGGAGGAAGCAAUGGUGCCGCUAAUGAUGAGAAGAACGUCCAAGGUGAACUUGAACCUAAUUGUCAAGAACCUUCUACAUCAGUUAGUAGACUCUGCGCAGAUGACCAUAAUAUAAAAGAAUUUGCAACUUCUGCCUCCACCAGGCCUUCUAAACAGUGUCAUUCAACUCUUUCAGAUCCUAAUUUUGUGGAAAAUUAUUUCAAGAACUCACGGCUGCACUUCAUUGGAACAUGGAGAAAUCGGUAUCGGAAGCGCUUUCCUAUCCCGUCUUCUGGGUUCAACAAUGAAAUUUCUAAUAUCAAUGCCUCUAGUAUUUCUGGGAAUUCAGUUGUUAUCCAUGUUGACAUGGAUUGCUUUUUUGUCGCUGUGGUUAUCAGGAACCAUCCUGAAUUGUUGGACAAGCCUGUAGCAGUCUGCCACUCGGAUAAUUCUAAGGGAACUUCUGAGAUUUCCUCUGCAAACUACCCAGCUCGUAGUUAUGGUAUUAAGGCUGGUAUGUUUGUUCGAGAUGCCAAGGCUCUCUGUCCUCACCUUGUUAUCUUUCCAUACAACUUUGAAGCUUAUGGGGAAGUUGCUGAUCAAUUUUAUAGUAUAUUGCAUCGAAAUUGCAACAAAGUGCAGGCCGUAAGCUGUGAUGAAGCAUAUUUAGAUGUCACCCGUUCAAAGGUUGAAGAUCCUGAGAUUUUAGCAUCAUCAAUUAGGAAAGAGAUCUAUGAGACCACUGGAUGUACAGCCAGUGUUGGCAUAGCUGGAAACAUGCUUAUGGCCCGUAUUGCUACUAGAACUGCUAAACCAAAUGGUCAAUAUCAUAUAACUCUAGAAAGGGUUGAAGAUCAUUUACGUCAACUCCCAAUUAAUGCACUUCCUGGAGUGGGGCAUGUUUUACAGGAAAAAUUGAAGAAGCAGAAUGUUCAAACGUGCGGCCAAUUGAUGAUGAUUUCCAAGGCCUCACUGCAGAAGGACUAUGGAAUGAAAACAGGAGAAAUGCUGUGGAAUUAUAGCAGAGGAAUUGAUAACCGGUUGGUUGGAGAUUUUCAGGAAUGUAAGUCGAUUGGGACUGAUGUAAAUUGGGGUGUGAGGUUCCAAGAUAUGAAAGAUUUUUUGCAGUGUGAAAACUUCCUCACAAACCUUUGCAAGGAGGUUUUGUUAAGAUUGCAAUGUUCUGGCAUGCAAGGGCGCACAUUCUCUCUCAAGAUCAAAAAGAGAAGAAAAGAUGCUGAUGAACCUGUGAAGUUUAUGGGCUGUGGAGACUGUGAAAAUUUGAGUCACUCGGAAACGAUUCCUGUUGCCACUGAUAAUGUGGAAGUACUCCAAAGGAUAGUGAAACGGCUUUUUGGAAGUUUUUACAUAGACGUCAAGCAGAUUCGAGGUAUUGGCCUGCACGUUUCCAGACUUGAAAGUAGCGAGACAUCUAAGCAAGGUGCAGAAAAAUAUAAUUUGAAAUCAUGGUUCACUUCAGGAUCUGCAAGUAUGGAUAAACGAAAACAUCCUACGGGUCAUGACAAGCAGAAUGUCGAUGGCCCUUCCAUUAACGAAUGUAGAAAUUUGCCAGGGUCUUCAGUUCCAAUGGACAAUAACAUACAAGAUAACCAAGCUAGAGCUGCCUUGAUUUCAACACCACCUCCUUUGUGUCGCCUUGAUAUGGAAGUUAUGAGAAAUCUUCCCCCAGAAUUAUUUUCAGAAUUCAAUGAAGUUUAUGGAGGGAAGUUAGCUGAUUAUAUUACUAAAGGGAAAGGUAUAAGUGAGAAUUCUAGUGCUUUACAAAACUCUCUUUUGGAAAAAGAAGCAAUAAAAAAGAAAGAGGAGCUUUUGGAUGUUGAGCCGAUUCCUCAAAAAGAGCCAUUAUCUGAAAUCGAGGCAAUGCAACAUGAGGCAGAAGGAGGUGAAGUUGUACCUGAUUCAGUGUCUGAACCCUCUUUUAAUGUCACUCACAAAUCAAGUUUUGAAAAAGAUGAUUUAUUGCCUGCUUCUUUAAGUCAAGUUGACGGCUCUGUGUUACGAGAAUUGCCCGAGGAUUUGAAAGCAGACAUUGUUCUGCAGCUUCCUGCUCACAGGAAACAGGAGAUUUGCUCCAAUGUUGCUCUGGUCCCUCCUAGUGAAAACCAUCAGGUGUCAAUAGGUGUCAACGAUUCUGAGAAUCUUGGAUCAAAUUAUGCUCUGAAUGAAUGUCUUUGGGCUGGGAAUCCUCCAAAAUGGGUGGAGGAGUUCAAGUUCAGCAAUUGCUUAAUAUUAAAGAAACUUGCUGAAAUGUAUUAUAAGUCUGGGUUGACUAGCACCUUGUCAUCAGUUUUGCACCAGAUUAUAUCUGAAUUCCACCAGCUAAAUCUUGUCCAUCAGAUUUCCGAUGACUCUGUUAACAUUACGUGCGAGCUACUGAAGCAGUAUAUCAAAGUGAAGAUAGGAAAAGAUAUUGAGGAGAUUUAUAUUUGUUUUCGGCUUUUGAAAAGGUUUGCAGCAGCAUCACAAUUUUUCCUACAAGUGUAUAAUGGUGUAUUUCCAUACCUUCAGGAAGCUGUUGAUGACAAUUAUGGAGGGAGUUUGUUUAUAACCCCAUAGUAACACUCAGACAGUCACAGUCUUACUUCUACUAUGGGAUAUUGGGAAAAAGAUCUCUGGUUUCCAUGUGAGCCUAUGUGGCCACCUCACAAACCAACAGAUCUAUCGACCAUGAUGUCUUGCAGAAACAACCUGAUGAUUUGAAAAUUAGAGAGAGAAGAUAAGAUAAAACAGGCUGGUGUGUUUUGGAAAAUUUAAGUAUCUUGUGAUGAUUGAGGUUGCCAGCCCAUUGGUAUUAAUUUGUUCACGAGUUGCAUUUUGGUUUUUGGGAUGUCUUUAAGUUGGAGUCAAGGCUAAGGUUGUAGGUUCUACUAUGUUGUGUACCCCCCUCCUCCCGACACAACAUUCUUGCAGGAAGCAAGAACACCCUAUUUUUUUAUUUUAUAUAGUAACAAACAAAUGAAAAUUCAUAAAGGUUAAAUAGCUUUAAAAAAAAAUCUGUAACAAACAUUAUGUUUGAACAAUCCUCACUUUAUAAGCCUUAAUGUCUUAUAGCUAGCUAUAAGCAAUGCCUAGGUCAUAUCUCUUAUCAACAUAGUACUCUCAACACCUUCCUCGUGUUCAGGACGGAACAUAUGAAGUGUGUACUAAUAUGGAAAGCUUGUCAGCAUGUUCAUGAGUUUUCCAUGUUUCCAUACUUUGGAAGUAUCUUAAAAUUUAUGGGUGAAUAGAUAAAUAUUUAUCUGACAUGGAGUAGUUGGCAUCUAUAAUAAAUGAAUAGGUUUAAGAACUUAAAUUGCUUCUCGUUUGAUGCUUUAUUCUUUUUGAGUUACUACAACUGAUAUUGGACUAUUUAUUCUAUAGUUAUGAAUAGCAUUUGUCAUCUGUAACCUUAAGCAAUUUAUGAUCUGUAUUAUUUUAAUUUUCCAGUUCUUUGUAAUGUGACGGCCUCUGCCAGAAUUAUACUAUUUACGGUUACAUGUAGAAUCUAAACAUGUGCAUUGCCUUCAUUUUCCUACA